UUGUGUAAUGUUCCAUAAACGCCAUAGCCAACUUUCAUUUGGGUUCUCUCUUCUCCCUCUUUCACUACAAGAAUUCAUAUCGAUCGGUUAACUUGUGGUUUGAAAUAUUUUGAUCGGCAGCCAUGGGAGUGGCGAUAUCUCGACUUGUGAGGAUGCUGUUUGCAAAGAAAGAAAUGAGGAUUUUAAUGGUGGGUCUUGAUGCUGCUGGAAAAACUACCAUUUUGUAUAAGUUGAAGCUUGGAGAGAUUGUCACCACUAUACCCACCAUAGGUUUUAACGUGGAAACGGUAGAGUACAAGAAUGUUAGCUUUACAGUGUGGGAUGUUGGAGGCCAAGACAAGAUUAGACCUCUGUGGAGGCAUUAUUUCCAGAACACGCAAGGUCUUAUCUUUGUGGUGGACAGUAAUGACAAAGAGAGGAUAUCAGAAGCUAGGGAUGAGCUUCAUAGGAUGCUUAGUGAGCAUGAACUGGUAGAUGCAACUGUGCUAGUGUUUGCUAACAAGCAAGACCUUCCAAACGCUAUGACUGUUGCUGAAAUCACUGAUAAACUUGGCCUUCACUCCCUCCGAAAUCGUCGCUGGUAUAUUCAGGCUACUUGUGCCACUUCAGGCCAAGGACUGUAUGAAGGUCUUGAUUGGCUGUCUAGCAAUAUCUCAACCAAGGCCUAAUCUCACUUGUUUUGAUUAACAUCUCUGGGGAAAGUUCUUUACGCGAACCUAGAAGGAAUACCUAAAUAUGUAACUUAUUUCUGUGCACUCUGAUAUGCAGUGUUUGAACUCAUGUUUUUGUGUAAAGUUUUGGUUUGAGAUCCAAGAAAAAUAUGUGCAAAAGCAGUGGGGUUAGGCCCGUAUACCAUGUGAAUAAUAAUAAAGAAAAUUUUACAAAUCUAGUUCGUAUAUCCCGUGGAUCUUGUUGUAACGUUAGGAUCCAUUACGAUUGAUCUUGAUCAGAGAGUUUUCUGUGAGGUUCAUAGUCUCAGGGGGAUUCCUUGUCCACCCUUUUGUA